AUGCCGGCAGCUGAAGCCACGCUCAGGAUCCAAGAGAGUGCCGGCAGUGAAGCCACGCUCAGAUCGGCGGUGCGGGGGGGGGCUUUACGAGAGUCGCCCAUGUUUGAUGGGAAGGUCCCCCACUGGCAUCACUUCUCCUGCUUCUGGAAGAUGGGCCACUGCAUCCGGCAGCCGGACGUGGAGGUGGACGGCUUCUCCGAGCUGCGGUGGGAUGACCAGCAGAAAGUGAGGAGGACCGCGGAGGCCGGGGGAGUGGUUGGCAAAGGCGCAGAUGGAACGGGUGGGAAGGCGGAGAAGAUGCUGGGCGACUUCGCAGCAGAGUACGCCAAGUCCAACCGAAGCACAUGCAAGGGCUGUAUGGAGAAGAUAGAGAAGGGCCAGGUGCGCCUGUCCAAGAAGAUGUUGGACCCAAAGAAGCCACAGCUGGGCAUGAUUGACCGCUGGUACCAUCCAAACUGCUUUGUCAAGAACCGGGAGGAGCUGGGCUUCCGGCCUGAGUACAGUGCCAGCCAGCUCAAAGGCUUCAGCCUUCUUGCCACAGAGGACAAGGAAGCCCUGAAGAAGCAGCUGCCGGGGGUCAAGAGUGAAGGGAAGAGGAAAGGAGACGAGGUGGAUGGCACAGGUGAAGUAGUCAAGAAGAAGUCUAAGAAAGAAAAAGACAAGGACAGCAAGCUGGAAAAGGCCCUCAAGGCCCAGAAUGAGCUGAUCUGGAACCUCAAGGACGAGCUGAAGAAGGUGUGUUCCACCAGCGACCUGAAGGAGCUGCUCAUCUUCAACAAGCAGCAAGUGCCGUCGGGAGAGUCUGCGAUCUUGGACCGAGUUGCAGAUGGCAUGGCGUUCGGGGCGCUCCUCCCCUGUGCGGAGUGCGCAGGCCAGCUGGUCUUCAGGAGCGAUGCCUACUACUGCACCGGAGACGUCACGGCCUGGACCAAGUGCAUGGUCAAGACACAGACCCCCAGCCGCAAGGCGUGGGUGACCCCAAAGGAAUUCCGAGAAAUCUCUUACCUUAAGAAACUAAAGAUCAAAAAGCAGGACCGCCUGUUUCCCCCAGAGACCAGUACCCCCACACCAGCUGCACCCCCUCCCUCCUCAGCCUCCACCCCCAUUUCUGUGGACUCCGCCCUGCCAGAUAAGCCUCUGUCCAACAUGAAGGUCCUGACACUCGGGAAGCUGUCCCGGAACAAAGACGAGGUGAAAGCGGAGGUUGAGAAGCUCGGGGGCAAGGUGACGGGGACAGCCAGCAAGGCCUCCUUGUGCAUCAGCACUAAAAAGGAGGUAGACAAGAUGAGUAAGAAGAUGGAGGAAGUAAAAGAAGCCAACAUUCGCGUCGUGUCGGAGGACUUCCUCCAGGAUGUCUCCACCUCCACCAAGACCCUCCAGGAGCUCUUUUCAGUACACAUCUUGUCCCCGUGGGGGGCAGAGGUGAAGACAGAGCCUGUGGAAGAGGCCCCGCGCGGGAAGUCGGGUGCUGUACUCUCCAAGAAGAGCAAGGGUCCUGCCAAGGAGGAAGGUCCGAACAAGUCUGAAAAGAGGAUGAAGCUAACUCUUAAGGGAGGGGCGGCCGUUGACCCCGACUCGGGCCUGGAGCACUCUGCACACGUCCUGGAGAAAGGCGGGCGGGUCUUCAGCGCAACGCUGGGCCUGGUGGACAUCAUGAAAGGCACCAACUCCUACUACAAGCUGCAGCUGCUGGAGGGCGACAAGGAGAACAGGUACUGGAUAUUCCGCUCUUGGGGCCGCGUGGGCACGGUGAUUGGCAGUAACAAACUGGAACAGAUGCCAUCCAAGGAGGACGCCGUCGAGCACUUCAUGAAGCUCUAUGAGGAGAAGACAGGGAAUGCCUGGCACUCAAAAAACUUCACCAAAUACCCCAAGAAGUUCUACCCUCUGGAGAUCGACUAUGGCCAGGACGAAGAGGCAGUGAAGAAGCUGACAGUGAACCCUGGCGCCAAAUCCAAGCUCCCGAAGGCGGUGCAGGAGCUGGUCGGGAUGAUCUUUGAUGUCGAAAGCAUGAAGAAAGCCAUGGUGGAGUACGAGAUCGACCUUCAGAAGAUGCCCUUGGGGAAGCUGAGCAAAAGGCAGAUCCAGGCAGCGUACUCCAUCCUGAGCGAGGUGCAGCAGGUGGUGUCCGAGGGCAGCAACAGCUCCCAGAUCCUGGACCUUUCAAACCGCUUCUACACGCUGAUCCCUCACGACUUUGGGAUGAAGAAGCCCCCGCUCCUGAACAACACAGACAGCGUGCAGGCCAAAGUGGAGAUGCUGGACAACCUCCUGGACAUUGAGGUGGCCUACAGCCUGCUGAGGGGCGGGUCUGAUGAUGGCAGCAAGGACCCCAUUGACGUCAACUACGAGAAGCUCAAGACUGACAUUCAGGUGGUGGACAAAGAUUCUGAAGAGGCCGAGAUCAUCAGAAAGUACGUUAAGAACACCCAUGCGACCACACACAACGCCUAUGACCUGGAAGUGGUAGAUAUCUUCAGGAUUGACCGCGAAGGAGAGAGCCAGCGCUACAAACCCUUCCGGCAGCUUCACAACCGCAGGCUGCUGUGGCACGGGUCCAGGACCACCAACUUCGCUGGCAUCCUGUCUCAGGGGCUGCGGAUAGCCCCCCCCGAAGCCCCCGUGACAGGUUACAUGUUUGGGAAAGGUAUCUACUUCGCUGACAUGGUCUCCAAGAGUGCCAACUACUGCCACACGUCUCAAGGAGACCCCAUUGGCUUGAUCCUGCUCGGAGAGGUUGCUCUGGGAAACAUGUAUGAGCUGAAGCAUGCUUCACAUAUCAGCAAACUGCCCAAGGGCAAGCACAGUGUCAAAGGUUUGGGCAAAACAACACCUGACCCCUCUGCCAGCAUUACCCUGGAUGGGGUGGAGGUUCCCCUGGGGCCAGGGGUCUCCUCAGGUGUCAGCGACACCUGCCUGCUGUACAAUGAGUACAUCAUCUAUGACAUCGCUCAGGUGAACCUGAAGUACCUGCUGAAGCUCAAGUUCAAUUUUAAGACGUCCCUGUGGUGAGGAGGGAGGUGGCACUCUGCAGUCUGCGGGCGCUAGUGCGCAGCGACUCCACAGCUGCAGAGCUGCCUCUAGCCCGGCUCUGCGCAAGGGUUUUGUAUGAACAGGUCCAAGAGUUUUCAAGUCCUUUUUUGUGCUGCGCCGGGGCUGUGUCCUGCCCUGGCACAGAUGAAGGUAGAGGAGUCCCUACACCAGGGCCCAGCAUCUGCCUCCCUGGUCCCCAGCGAAGGAAAUGUGCCUCCUCCCUUUUCCUACACAUUAGCCUUUAGUUUGAUUUUGGCAAACUGUUAAGCAUUUAUUUUGAGCUAAAAAUAAAAUCUAAUUUGGUACUA